UUUCUCGUUCAGAUUUCAGUCCACAAACUUGUGAAUUUUAACUUAGUUGUCUGUCACCGUUGGUUUGGUUUGUUUUAAAUCUACCUUACAUGUAUGCUGCAAACUUACAUGUUUACUAAUUAGUAGCAAAGGCUUUAAAUUUGUAAGGAAUCAAAUCAUGUUUGUGCUCUUGCCAAGGAUGAGAAUCUUUUCCCCCAUACCAUCGUCUUGUAGUUAGAUGUUUCAGUUUCACCAACCAAUGCCCUAGCUCCAUUUUUCAAUCGACCGAUUACAAUUUACCAGCGAGUAUGCUUCCACGUCUGCAAAUCCCUAUCAAGAUUAUUGACAUUCAGUAUCAGACACAUCGCAGAAAUAAGCCCGUGCCGACAAAAUCUCAAAUUCCGACAGCGAUACGAGAGUCGGAUUAUUAGAAACUUGGCACCUCUUACCGCGACAGCGCGUUUCACUAUCACCCCUCUCAAUUUCAUCCAACGCGUCUCUUAACUGAAGUUGCGUGCAUUAUUACGUUGCGAGAAAAAAUGUGCAGUUUGGUUCAAAAGUUCGAACUUGUACUUAAUCAUGACUACACUGCUGAAGAUCGGGGUCUGGGGCAGUGGUACGAGGAUGUUGUGCAGAAGAUUUCAGGGAUGCAGCCUUCUUCUUCUGCUCCUCGUCAUCCUCUCAAACGCGUCAGGCAGCUUGUCGUCUGAGGCAGAAGAAGCAGAAACAGGCAAGCGGCGGUCGCUGGCGGCGGGGGCCGGCGGGCUGUUCUGCGUGGCGAUCCAGAGCGCGGACCCGGCGGCGCUGCAGCGCGGGCUCAACUACGCGUGCGGGCCGGGCCGGGCCGACUGCUCGGCGAUCCAGCCCGGCGGCGUCUGCUACAAGCAGAACAACCUCCCGGCCCUGGCUUCCUACGCCUACAACGACUACUACCACCGCAACGCCGCCACCGGCGCCACCUGCAGCUUCGACGGCACCGCCACCACCACCCCCACCGACCCCAGCUCCGGGCAGUGCAUCUUCGCCGGAAGUUCCAUGGCGGGAGGCUCGAACUCGACGACGCCGGCGGCGAGCGCGCCUUCCGCCCUGGUCCCGCCGUCGUCGACGUUCACGCCGGGCAUCGGCGGGGGCCCCGGCAGCGCCUUCACCCCGUACGACGCCGCCGACAGCGCCAUGGCCGCCGCUCGCAGGGCGCUGCUGCUGAUGAUCCCGCUCGUCGUCUUCCUAUUCUCCUGAGGAUCCGGCCGCCCGCUUGCUUCUAUGUAAAUUCCGUAUCAUGGCAUUGAAUUUCUCGUGCUCCUGUAAUUUUGUUCUUAGAACAACACCAUGUCACAGAAAAAAAAUUCAUUUUGAUGUAUGUAUCUAGUGCUUACCGCAGCCAGAUUUUUUU